AUGAACGAAGAACAGCUUCUCAAGGUCCACCGCGAUCCCCUAGAUCCCUGGGAACCUGCCCAUGCAGCUGCUCGCAUAGUCAACAAUCAAGUCGCUCUUUAUCCUCAUAACCACGAUUCAGCACUCGCUGCAAAACAACUCGAUGCUCUCACACCAUUCAAUCGUAAACUCGAGCCGGGCGAGCAACCUGAAAGCAUCAAUAGUUUUCUGUGGGAGUUCUGGGAAGUUGUGGUGAACCUAAGUCAGGCCUACGAACAAAAUGGUGAUCAAGCUCAUGCUUGUAUCGUAGAGAUCAUUGGUGAACUCAAGAAGAUCGAGGCACAAGAGGUGACGAUCUGGGGCAAACAAACUAGGCUGUGGGGGAAUUUGCCGAUUUUUGGACCUGUGCUUACAGAACUCUAUGGUAAGUGGUGA